AUGGCUGUCACUGUUCGUCAAAUGUCUCUGAUUGUUGCGACUCUUGGGGCCAUAUCGUUCUUUUUUGGGAUAAUCGCCGAAAAUAAGAAGCCUGCUGCUGGAACUCCCAUCACUGGUAAAGGUGUUGUUAUUUGCAAGUAUCCAUCCGAUCCUACUGUUGUCUUGGGAUAUCUCUCUUUCGGAUUUCUAGUAGCAUCUGGGGUGGCCGGUUUUCUCUCUCUAUUUUAUCCUUACAAAGGGAAAUCUGUUCCGCAGUCUACAAUGUUUCGAAGUACCAGUUUCCUUGUAUUCUUCAACAUUGCCUUGUUUACGGCGGGAUUAGCAGCUGCUUUAUUGUUAUGGCCAACAAUCACAGAGCAUUUUCACUUGAAUCGCAAAGUUCAUCACAAUCUUGAGACAGAUUGCCCCACUGCUAAGACUGGUCUACUCGGUGGUGGUGCUUUUAUUUCUCUCGAUUCAACCCUCUUUUGGCUAGUUUCCCUUAUGUUAGCUGAUAAUGCCCGCGAGGACUACUUUGACGAGGUAGAGAAAGAUUACAAGGGUGAACAUGAGCUGGUUGUUACAGAUGAUUACCAUGUACCUGCACACCUCAAGGGCGCUGCAUAAAAGCAAAAGCAGGAUG